AUGAACUCUAGUUUAUCACUAUACCAGGUGACUGUUGUGAGACUAGUUUGUGUACGCUUAGCCUCAAAUAUGAAAUAUAUAAAAGUGAAAUCAAUUAGCGUCAUAAUGAGUGUUAUAUAAUGUGCAUUAUAAUUAUAAAUAUUGGAAGAACCAUAAAAGCAUAUCAGUUUGGAUUAAAUUACAACAAAAAAAGUUUUUUGAUUUUUAAAAGUUAAAAAAAUCUCGACAAGAUGGAUAUAUCUUACUGCACAUGUUUUAAAAGUGGUAUUAGUUUAUAUCUAGUUCAUUUUGUAAUAUGUGAUACUUGUCUAAUGUAAUCAUUUGUGUGAAAUGUAACUUGGGAUUAAAUGUUUUCUUUGCGCAAAUUUUAUUUUCAGUUUUAACAUGGAAACCUACUUACAAACAUAGUUUUUCACUAUUUUUCGGAUAGAGAUUUUUCAUAUAUUUUAUAAUUCGUAAUUUUAUCGCACCACUAUAUAGCAGUGAUUACUGUGGAAUAAUUACCGUAUGUUUUCCAUGAAAGUAAACCCCUCUAGAUGGCCAAGUGACUACUUAAGCAUCUUAACAUGGCCAAAAGCUUCCGAUACCGGGGUCUUGACGCAUUAUGAGGAAAAGUGCUACAGGAUUUAGCUAUCGAUGCAGGUUGACUACUCUGCUGCUCAUUUUACAAGUGUAUAUUGUUGACGCUUCUAAGAUUUCUACAAAAUUUAAACCCGAUCUAGGUUUAAAAGAAAGCACCUUUCCAAAGAUAAAUACUGAUAAUCGUUUCGUAUUUGCUGAAGUCUUUAAACCAAACUUAGGCAUUGAUGAAAACCCGAUUCCUGACAAAGAGAAUCAAGAACCAAGUCGAAGACGGCGAUAUAGGAUCCAAUCUCGCUGUAGUGAGAUGAACGUUCGAAUCAAACCAGGAACAAGGCGUAAUUCUAUUGAUGCAUCAGGCAAUAAGACGCCACCUGGUCGUUAUACAUCAAUAAUCAUGGAAUCUAUAGGUCGUAACGGACUAGUUAGAUUGCAAGGUGAAGACAGUCUUAUGUACUUAUGUUUCAACAAUAAAGGAAGAUUAAGAGCACGGCAUCAUCCACUUGAUAGUUGUAAUCUAGUUUACAACAUUACACAUGACAGCUAUUAUCAGUUCCGUUUAGCGGAUGAAGAACAUAACUGGUUCAUAGGUUUCAAGAAGAAAAAGUUGAGAAAUUCUGUUCGAGGUAAAGCGUUACCAGGCUAUAAAAAGAAGCCAAACUCACGUUUAGAAAGGUGCUAUGACUUCACAUUAAUAGCGAUAGAUCAACAUAUUACAACGCCGUCACCGUAUAGUCCAGUUAAUUUUAAUGAAUAUAGUGAUAAUUGGAACCCACAAAAAACAUUUCAUAAAUUAAGACAUAUGAAAAGAUAUGAAGGAAUGAUCACAAAUCGACACAGAAAAAUGAACAGACGGCGGCAGAAAAAGAAAAGAAAAAAAUCAAAGAAGCGAAAACUACCUGGUAGAUGAAUAUAGAAAACUUAGCAUUGUUUUCAAUUAUUUAACAUAUGCAUUCCGAAUGAGAACGAGCUGUGAUGGGAAAGAGGCUGUGAUUUGUGUAGCACGUGACAGAAGAUAAUUCUGAUAAAUCAUUCGAAUGCAACUCUACGGGCUUUCAUUUAUUUGUAAAAUGAGCAGUGACAGAGGGACUGUUACGGAGGUUGAUUUAUUCAUAACGGAUGGAAACUUCCUAUUCGUGUAAUCUUACAUUGAAUGUUAACCUUUUUCGUUUACGACACGAGAUUAUAGCUUUAUGCAUGAACACAUAAGAAAAUGUAUAGUGUUGUACAAACUAGGAUGACUACCUCCUAAGUAUAUAUAGACCAUUAAGGCAUUGUAAAAUAUAAGAAAUCCUUGAGCAAAAACCAAUAAAUUUCCAGAGACCUAAAAUGUGCAUUUAUUACCAGUGAAACAUUGGUCGGAAACACGGGUAAAAUUACGCAUUACGUAUGCAAUCACACUAUAGAGAGACCAUAGCAUUGCUAUAACAGAUCUCCGAAACAAUGACUAUUGUGUCUUUUGUCUGAUAGAUAGAACUAAGUUUCGGUAUGAAGGUUGUCAUGAUUUCGAUAUAUUUUACUUUCAUAAUAUUUUCAUAUGGAAAUAUGAAAGUGCAAGUUUUUUAGUUUGAAUUGAUGUAAUGACGUAAAAUAGACAUCUAAAUCCACUGUUUCGGAGAUCAUGUCAUCUAUUGUUUUUACACACCUUCUUGUGAUAUUUUUUAAGUAAUUUUUUGUUAAACGAACAUAUAUAGUGUAAUAAAUGUUGUCAUAAAUAGCUAAUCUGCAUAGCAGUUAUGUUCUAUCCUAAUUUUGUCUUAUGUCUGUAUAUUACGUCAUUAUAUUAUUAUUACAUUACACAUUCCAAUUCAGGUAUUUUCAUCUAUAUCAUACAAUAAAGACAUGAUAAAAUUGUAACUGUCUUCUUCUGCAAUAAAUUGUAAUUAUUUUAAAAUUCUGAUAUUUUUGUAGGAGUAUGUGCGAUAGAACACUAAUUGCCCCCCAAAAAUCAGAGAAAAAAAUAUGUUUAUUUUGCUUGUUCAAUGUAUGUUCAAGUUUAUAUUACAGUAUAUUUAAUUUAAUUUAGUUACAUGUGAGGCUAACAGCUGAAAAAUGCAUCUCUGGAAUAUACAAUUUAAACAAACUAAAUCUUUGCACAACAGAUAUCUUCUGGUUUCAUCGUUUAGUUUGCAUUCUUGUAUUCUUGUACAUGUGAAUUCCCCACCCAUGUAAGCAAAAUACAUCACGUUAUCAAUAAAGUUAUACUAUUGAUGUAGUGUUACAGUAUAUUUAUUUAUUUUAUUUAUUGUCAAUAUAGUGAACCAAAUAAGGAACUUAUCGCAUAUACUCCUUAGUAGUAAUAUGAAAAAGGUAAACAAAUACGAGCUAUGAGUUCUGUAAUUUUAUAUCUAGUCAUGAACAUGGCAUUUUGUUACAUUAAAUGCAUGCCUUCUUUAUAGCAUGAAAUAACUUUUUUUUCCAUUUCUUUGAUAAAGAAAUUUCCGUGCCUUUUCACGAAUCAACAACAUUUUCUUGCUAGAUUAAAUAAUUAAUAAAUGUUCAGUGUGCAGUACAAAUGAAUUACUCCUUUUAAAACCUGUUGAGGGUUUUCCAGAUAUUUCACGAAGUUAAACAAUGCAAACAAAAAAUAUAAUUCUCAAUUGAAUAUGUGACCGCUCCACAUAAAGUUAACCCACCAUGUGUUCAACAAAAUUUAAUAAUAUUUAAAAAAAAAUGAGGCUUUUAGGUAUUUUCCAUUUCUAUUGAAAGCAUCAAAAAUUUUGUUGACUUGCAUGAACAAAACAUAUUGUACAAUAAUUUUUCUUCUAAUUGAAAUCAUACUGUAAUCAAAUUAUUACAAGAGACAGUAAGAUUUGAAAUCAAAACCAAAUUUUGAUAGAGAACUCUGGGCAUGUGAAUAAUGCGUUUUUUUCCUUUCCGAAUUUGGUUUGACCUUUACUGGAAAAACUUGGCCAGUAAAGAUAUUAUGAUGGUGCCUAUAUAUGCUUUAUUGUUAUUGUUUUGUAUGUAAAUAUUGACUGUAGUAUAUUGUUAUAUAUGCCAAAGAUAUAUUUAUUAAAUAUUGCAAUUUUUUGUUAUAAAUGUCCCAUCAAAUUUGUAUUGAUGCACUUAGUGCAGUAGAUACAAACGCAGAAAUAAAAAAUUAUAAAUAUAA